AUGAAAAGGUCCCUGAGACAGCUAAUAUCACCUCUACUGUCGCAAACUGACGUGGAAUCCCCUUCCAAAGAUGGGAAUCGUGAGCUUAAGAGACCUAAGAAAGUCCAAUCCCAUUUAUCAAUUCCUUCAAAAUCGAAAUCAAUAACAUGUAAAGUCUGUGGAAUGUGCUACUAUGACUAUUUCGAGAAGGAUAAAAGCAUGCACGAAAAGUACCAUUCGAGUUUUAUCAACGGGUUGACUUGGAACUUAUCUGACGAACGUUGCAUAACUACUUUUAACAUUGACUCAUCCAAGGGUAGACCAAAAUCAUUGAAAACUUUAACUGAAGUAAGGAUAUCAAUGAUUGAUAAGAAGUCAUCCAGACAAAUAUCAAAAGUAGAUGAACUUUUAAAAAUGGUGAACCAGGAAUUGAAUGCCCUGCCUGCUGCAGAAUGGUGGAAAAUGGAUCAUAAAGAUGUCGACAUUCAAGGUAAAGCAUUUGUUAUGAUCAUAGAAAAUAAAGCAAUUGGGUUAUGUAUCAUUGAUCCGAUUCAAGAUCUGGAAAAGCAGUGUCGAUGGAUGCUCUAUAAGACUCAAAAGAUAAUACCUCAGCCAACAAAUAAACUGAUCAAGGUUGGUAUUUCAAGAAUAUGGGUAUGCCAUAAUUGGAGGCGCCACGGAUUAGCUUUGAAAUUACUUGAAACUGUCCUUUCCAAUAUGGUUUACGGAAUUACUCUUAAUAAAAACAACCUUGGUUUUAGUCAACCAAGUUUUGCGGGUGGAUUAUUGGCUAAAAGUUUCAACGGAGUAGUACAUAAGAGUGGUGAAACUUUAAUACCCGUUUACUUAGAAGAAUGA